AUGGAACAGCCCGCCAGUCCAAAGAGAGAGGAGGCUUCAUUCCCACCAAAUGCUCCCUCGCACGAUGCUCGAAACUGGCCACAGUGGAAGAAGAAUUUUGUGAUUUUCAUGGUUUCAUUUCAUUCCAUGAGCUCCACGUUUAUGGCCGCAGGAAUCGUUCCUGCAGCUUCUAAGUUCGCACAUUCGUAUGGUGUAUCUCUCGCCAACGCCAGCUACCUCGUAUCUGUCCAAAUCCUGUUACUCGGCAUCGCUCCGAUAUUUUGGACUGUUAUUGCGGAUAGGUAUGGCCGCCACUAUGUCCUAGUCUUUUCCGUUCUUGCAAGUAUGGUAUGCAAUAUUGGGGGCGCUCGAUGCACAACUUAUGCCGGUCAAAUGAUCACUCGUGCAUUAACAGCAACUGUCAUAUCGCCACCGAUCGGGAUUGGCAGUGCAGUGGUGGUCGAUUUGACUACCCCGGAUCAACGUGCUAGGAAGCUAGGCUGGUGGGUCUUGAUGACCAUUCUUGGUACACCCGGUGGCCCCUUUAUUAUGGGAUUUGUGGUGCAGCACACUGAGGUGCAGUGGAUAUUCUGGAUCUACGCCAUUGUUAACUUCUUACAAGCGUUGGCUUACCUCCUAUUCAGUGGAGAGACGCUCUACAUUCCUGAAAGUGAACCGGAUGCCCUCGAGGAACAGGUCUCAGGCUUGAAGAAAUUCGUGAAAGAAUUGGUGCCAAAAAGACUCAAUAUGCGCCCAAUCACAAUGCUGGAUUUUGUUUCCCCAUUUUUGUUGGCCUGUAAGCCUCGCAUCUUGGUAGUGGCUCUGGCAACUGCUAUUACAUUCUGCUACGGAAACAUCAUUUUCGUGGUUGAAAUGCCGGUUACUUUUGGGGAGAGAUUUGGCCUCGAUUCGCAGCAAACUGGUCUUCAGUUCAUCUCCGUAAUCAUUGGAUGUCUCAUUGGAGAGCAGUUAGGUGGCCCAAUGUCGGACUACUUCAUGAAAGUAUAUCGGAAACGUAGGGGCCAUGUUCGUCCCUCGGACCGUUUGUGGUUGGCUUAUAUUGGCUUCCUCACCAUCAUUGCUGGGCUGUUGAUCUGGGGAUUUCAACUGCAACGUGCCAUAACCUGGAAUGUUACUCCAUGUGUAGGCAUUGCCAUUGCGAGCUUUGGAAAUCAGAUACAAUCAACUAUUCUCACGGCAUAUGCCAUCGAUACUUGCCCCGACAAGUCUGCUGAGAUUGGAGUGUUUUUCAACGCUAUUAGGCUCCUUUACGGUUUUGUCCGUUUAUUAAAACCCUAA